AUGGCGUCGGCUUCGCAAGCAAACAACUUGGUCUCCAGUGAACAUGAGAUGCUGCAGUCGGCUCCGAUGCCGCACGAGCGCGUGGUCUAUUGGGGAUCCGGCAGCCCGCAAGCUUGGCGCAUUUUGAUUGCCCUCGAAGAAAAGCGACUGCCCUACCGUAGUGUCUGUAUCAGCUUCUCGAGUGGUGUGCUCAAGACGCCGUUCUUUCGCGCGCUGAAUCCGCGCAUGCGGAUCCCGGUCCUCGUCGAGCCAGUUGAGCCGACACGACAACAGGCCGAGGAGGAGCGAACAGCUGGACAAACAAUCGAUGCAACUGCAACAAGGUCAACAACAACAGUGACACGUGAAGGUCUGAGCAAUGUCGACGAGGCAGCAAUGUCGGACACGUUGCGACAUCCGGCGGUCGGCAUGUCGCAGGGUCGUACAAUCGUGUACGAAUCUGGCGCGAUCUUGGCGUACCUGGAGAAGGCGUACUACGAGGCACCUUGUAUGCCACGGUCCCCAGCUCUGUACGCCGUGGCGCAGUCCCGUUUGCAUGAAUCGAACGAGAUCUUGUCCGUCGUGGGCGAUUUGGUCGUCUACUUGCGUCGAUUCCCGCACGAGAAGCGGAAUGUCGCAGUUGUGAAUGCCAAGUGGGCGUCGGUCGAGUGCGAGUUGCGACUGUGGGAGACGUAUCUGGAUGGCCACCAGUAUCUCGUGGACCCCAACGUGCCGUAUCUGUGCGACUUUACGCUCUUUACAAACAUUGCGUACGCAGUACGGUGUGGCCUGCAGCUCGAUGGGCUGUACCCGCGUCUCGCAAGUUUCUACGUGCGAUUGUGUGCGCGAGCGUCAAUUGAGACGACGUGGCCACCACAUUGGCGAUCAACGUUCGGGUCGAAAGUGCUCACGAAGACAUGUUGCACCAGUGGCGGUGAAGAUGUCCAUUCACCCGCAUCGCCGACGUCGGCGCAGGCUUCGCAGCAGUCGUCGUAA